AUGUCUGAGAUUUGUCUGAAAGAAAGGAGAGUUUACAACAAAGACAUAAUCAGUGCUUUGCAUGACGAUUUGCUUUUACACAUAUUGUCUCUAAUCCCAACAAAACAAUCAGCCAACACAACGCUUUUGUCGAAACGAUGGCGUUUUCUCUGGACGAUGGUGCCUAAACUCGACUACACAGAAAACGACAAAGACGAAAAGAGCAUUUGGGACUUCCUCGACAAGUCAAUGCAACUGCACAAGGCACCUCUACUAAAAAGCUUGCGUAUCCAACUAGGUCAAAAAUGUCCCGUCGACGCAGAUGUCGUGAAGUGGAUCUCAAACGCAGUUGACCGCUGCGUACGAAACCUAAACCUAGAUUUCAACUUCGCAAACAAUACAAGCUUGCCUAAUAGCAUUUACAACUGCAAAACCCUAGUAUACUUGACACUAUCACACAAGAUUCUCGUCGAUGUUCCUUCUCCAGCACGCCUCCCGUCUCUUCAAUCUCUUUACCUUAACUCCGUGGUGUAUAAAGACCAAGAUUCUCACGUUAGGUUAACAUACAUUGACUAUCGCAACGAAGAAGGUUCUGGUAGGUCCUUGGUUAUAGACUCUCCUGCAUUACGUUACCUUAGGAUCUUCGAUCCUUCUGGAGAUUACCGGUCCAUCCAGAAGAAUACGCCUCACCUUGAUGUGGCGUUAGUGGACGUUGUUCCUAGCGUUGGUUUUCACCCGAAUGACAAGUUUCGGAGAUCUUUUUUCCUCCGUCAGGCUUCUACAUUUGAUCUUGACCGAGAGUCUUGGUUGGAACCACUUAUGCUUUUCCUUCAUAACUCUCCUCUACUGAAAGUUCUUAAGAUCGACUCUUAUUACUACAAUGAUAUUGCCCCACUUCCGUGGAAAGAACCGAGUAGUGUACCGAGAUGCUUGCUGUCUCAUCUUGAGAUCUUUGAGUGGAAUGCAUACAGAGGAAGUAGUGAAGAGAAUCACUUCUUGGCGUACAUCCUCCAAACCUCAGGGUGUUUGAACAAGGUUGGAAUUUUGCCGAGGUUUUCCUACAGUAACAAGGAGAUAUGUUUGGUACGAGGAGAAUGA